CUCACCAGCGCCAUCCUCCAGUGACCAUGUCCACCCCUUCUGGCUCAGGAGGCAAAGAUGCUCCUCCAAUCAAGCCAGGAAGGCCAGGCGUAGGCAGCGGUGACCCUUCCACCUCAACCUCCCAAGUGCCAUUGACCGCCGAUGCUCCCACAGACACGGCCUCUCUGACGGGAGCAGCUCCACCCGCAUCGCGAGUCAAUGCAGCUACCAAUGCUGCCUCAUCGUCGUCCUCUUCAGCUUCACGUCUACCCUCCUCCUCGGCUGCUCCAUCGACCUCGAGCAUGCCUAGACCGCAGAGCGCCUCCGUCGGACCGGGCGCCAAUCGACCUACCGUCAGCAUGGUCCCAGGCAGAGGGACAGGUGCAGCCCUCCGCGCCCAGCCAAGAAUGACCUUCAAGCCCGUCAUGCCACAGCGGCGCAAAGUUCCAGCCGCGGGCGAUGUACAGAUCAAGCAGGAGAAUGUUGCUUCCACCUCUGCGGGGUCUUCUUCUCGAUCUGCCUCUGGCUCAGGGCGAGGAUCUGGUGAAAGGGGAAGAGGCUUUGGUAGAGGAGGACGUGGUGGACCUGGUGGUGGGCGCGGCGGACGAAGGGACAUUGAGCUGGUAGCCUCUGGACCCUUCUCACUGGGUACUGGCUCCACUUCCAGACUAGACAGAGCUCGCCAAAGUGCUGCAGGUCGUUCAGGCGGGGCAGGAGCUGGCAUGGGCGCAUCUGGUAAAUGGGGUACUGGAGGUGAAGGCAAUCUCGACGACUCUGAGAAGCUCAAGCCUGAUCCUGGACGAAUGGCUUACCGCAACCCGGACAAGCUUAGGGACAAGGAGGAAUACUCGGACCCGGAAGAAGAUAUAGAGAUUGUCGAUCUGGACGAUGUGGGUACGCUGGACGAAUUGGCUCCACGCGCUCUACCUAGGGUACAAGAGAAGGAGAAGAAGAGGAGCAAGCAGGGUGAGGAGGCUGCUGAUAAAAAGAAGGGCAAAGGAAAAGGAAAAGUCAAGAUGGAGGACGCAAUGGAUGUAGACAAGGUCAAGCCUGAUCCAGAGGAUGAGGAGCAGAGGGAGAAGAACGCCCUGUCUGGCCCUGCUUCGCGAGCUGCGACAAUCUCAUCCGGCACCUCCACGCCUCGACAUGGCACUGAAGACGCCGACUCUGCCUCUGAGGAAGCAGAGGAGGACCGCAAAGGCAUCGACGCCCUGGACCUCUCCGAGUCCGAAGCUGAGGAAAUCGGCGACGACCUGGUAGACGACUUUGUCUUUGAUGAGGAAGAGGGCGAUCCUACUCGGCUGUACCUCUUUCAAUUCCCGCAACUCUUCCCCAAAUUUACCGCUCCGAAAGUCAAGCCGGAGGGACCGCCCAAGGAGGAGGGAGCUGCUGGGGGAGUGGGUGCGGGUGUGGUCAAGGUGCCCAGUGCGCUUAGUAGCAGUCCGCCUGGCUCCAGUGGGAACAAGCCCAAGAGGUCCGUCGCCUUUGCCGAAGGCACAUCGGGCGGCACUCCACCUGCCUCUGGCUCUGGCUCUGGCUCAGCAAAGGCUGCUGCUCCCAAUGGCGUGAAGAAAGAACCUAGCUCCUCAGCUCCUCCCACUGCUGCCCCUCCUGGCGCUCAAGUCAAGGUCAAGCAAGAAGAAGGGAUAGAUGGCCAUCUGGGACCUGAAGGGAUGAUUGGCCGCUUGCAGGUGUACAAGGAUGGCAGAGUAGAGAUGCACUUUGGCAAGAUUGUCAUGGAGGUCUCCGGCGGCUCCCAAACUACCUUUCUACAAGAUCUGGCCCUCCUCGACGCCUCUACCCGUCGCGCAACCCUGCUAGGCGAGGUACAUCGCAAGUUUACCGUGAGCCCCAAUGUGGAGAAUAUGCUGGAUGACAUGGCCGAGGAAGAGGCAAGGGUGGCGAGGGUCAAGAAGGAGGGAGGUGAUCCCGGUGCGGCCAUGGGGAGUAGUGAUAGUGAAGGGGAGAUAUAGACGGAAGUCAGAGCAGGGCCGAAGAAAAGCACACACACGACUCGUCAUGAAUGAGGUAUGCAACGGUAGCAUUGAUGUACAGCACGAAACCACCUCAACUCCCCCGCUUCCUAGCACCACCCAUCUGCCUACGGGGUCAUCAAUAGCCAUUCGCACUCAUCACCUUCUCAAUCUCCUCCAAGUCCAGAUCGGACGCAUCGAUCCCCUCGAGGUCACCAAAACUGUCAUCUUCUGCCGUCCCUGUCCCUGUCCCAGUCU